CCCAAAAAAAAGUUGGAGUCCCAAACUAAACGGCGUCGUUUUCCUCUAAAAGCACAGCCCUGCCGUUCGUCUUUUCUCUCAAAAAUCCAGCCCCUGCUCCUCAAUCAUCUCCAUCUCCUUCUUUGCCCCUUUUGCAAUCAUCUCCAUCGCCUCCUCACCUCUUCACCCAAAAAGCUCACCAGUAAUGUUGCCCCCUCUGCAAUCAUCUCUAUCUCUCCCUUUCCCCCUUUUCCCUCAUGUGAGGUUGAGGCGAUUAGAAGCCAAGAGACUUAACCAUGCCUCCUCACGAGCUCGAAGUGCCAUAGAACAAAAGAAAUCGAGAUUUGUGUUCCUUUGUCACACAAGCUUGAGGGAGUUGCGAACUAAUUUAUUUGGGUUUUGCAAGUUUGGUUGCUGUGAUUUUGGUUAUAAUAGUGUUGAAAUUGAAUGAUGAGAAUUGAAAUUGCAAUUUUAGUUAUAAUAGAGGAAACCCAGAUCUAGGUUUGUUGUCUUCAAAGAUGCUUGAGUUCUGCUCCUCGUCUUUUCCCUUUCUCGAGUUCUAUUCACAAAUUGAAUUUAUGAGUUUUAUUAUUAUUAUUAUUAUGUUGUUUUCUUGGCCGCAUUUGAUUAUGGAUUGAAAUAUACUUGUGCGUUUAAUGUGAAAUUCAAGUUUGUUUCAUUAUAAGAACAAGAAUUUCGAUUUGAAUUUUAGUGUUGUGAAAAGAUUACUGCAAAUGGGAUUUGAACUAAAUUUGUUUUUCUUGCGUGGGCUCAUUAAUGAUGGUUUUGAUUGUUUUUGAUGUUGUGUUGCUCGUCUUGCCUCUCGGUUUUGUUCAGUUUCAUGUUGAAUUUUGAAUUUGUUUUUUCCUCUCAACAUCCCCAUUGUACUGCCAGCACUUUGGAGGGGAAGAUGGAGAUGAUUGCAGAGGGGGCGACAUUACUGGUGAGCUUUUUGCGUGAAGAGGUAAGGAGGCGAUGGAGAUGAUUGCAAAAGGGGCAAAGAAGGAGAUGGAGAUGAUUGAGGAGCAAGGGCUGGAUUUUUGAGAGAUGACUGAGGAGCAGGGGCUGGAUUUUUGAGAGAAAAGACGAACGGCAGGGCUGUGCUUUUAGAGGAAAACGAUAUCGUUUGGUUUGUGACUCCAACUUUUUUUUGGGAGGUAUGACUGAUACCCACUUUCCCGUUAUAAAUAUCACUUUUUUUU